ACAUAUUUGAGUGUAUUAAUAGUAUUUUAUUAAGUUGAAUAUUUUUUUAGUAAAAAUGUCUCACUGUGUAUCACGAAAAUCAAAACCCAUUGAUGUAUCUCGAGCACCAGUUUCUUUAGAAGCUUCAGGAGAUCGUGAUACAGACAAGAAACACAGAAGCAAAAAUAGAAAUAAGAUACCUAAAGAACUUCGUAAUGACCUUGAAAAUGCUCUAGUUAACCUGUGUGAUAUUUGGUUUGAAGAAAUAAAGCCGACUUUAGUCCGAAACAACAUAAAACUGCAUUGGAACGAAGACAAGCCGAGUGGUGACGGCAACCCUCUGGCUGGAGGCUUGGAGUCCGAAGCAGGAUGCACACAUCUUGAUCCAGCAUCAACAGUCGAUAAAUGUGCAUUGUGCCGAUUGUUGUUCAACGCAGCAAACAGCAUCGAGAGCGCGGUGUCGCAAGCAGCGGCGGCGCCGAAAUGUGCCUCAUCGCCAUCCAUCGGCUUCAUCGCUGAACAGAAGAAGAGAAUGCACAUGUUACAAAAUAAUCCGUAUGGAGAUGAAUUACCAUCUAUGAUGAAUCUACUGUCAAUUAACAAAACGUCGCCGAAACAUAAAAUCAAACCGUGGAAAUGA